AUGAACUUUCUGGUUUUUCCUCCUGCUUACGGUCAUCCUGCUCAAAAUGGCGCGAUCGCGGUUGGUCUUUAUGCCGUAACUGGAGAAGUUGGUAUCGAAGCCGGUACUAUCGUUUGUGUAGAGGAGAAUGGGCCAAUCAGUCUGGGUAUUCCCAUCGUCUUCCAACACUAUCUCCCUCAAAAUCCUCCCAGUCAUCAAUUUGCGUCUGAAUCCAUACUCUUUCAAGGCUCCAGUUCAGUGAUCAACAAGAAUGCAACCACCAGAGCUAUCGCUCUUGCCAGGAUCACUCUCGCCAGGUUUAUCCUUUUGAUGAUUGUGAUCAUCGCCCUCGCCAGAAUGCUUAUCCUCGGUGUUGUCUUCAAAAUUUUCAUCACCCUCGUCUUCCGAAGCAGCGCCAGAUCCACUUACAACCCGGAAAUCCGCAAGUCUAGUAUGAGAAUGCCCACAGGUGGAGGCUCCACUUGCAUGAAGGCCACCUCAAUCGCCUGGGCACGGCUGCAGCAGCGAAUCAAGCGCUCAUUCUGA